AUGGUAAAGUCUCCAAAAUCCAGUAAAAAGGCUGCAGCGAGAGCGGCAAAAGCCCGUGAAACUGCUGAAACCAAUGCAUUCCUGGAUAGUAUAUUCAUUUUAAUAUCGUCAGAUGGUGAAAAAUUUCAAACGGAUGGUCAUUGCAUAAGGCAUUCAAAAGUUCUCAUGCAAGCGUCAAAAUCAUUAGAAACACCGGAUACACCAAUUCAAGUUGAAAAAGUGCAAGGAGACACACUGAAUCGAGUUCUGGAAUGGUGUAAUAAUCAUCGAGACGAUGGAAAAUAUGUGUCACAAUGUGGACCUAGUCUACGUCUUCCACAAUGGGAUUUUCGAUGGCUUAAAGAUUUGGAUAAUCAGGAGCUAGUUGAUUUAAUCAAUGCGUCGAAUGAUCUACAAAUGCAACAAUUGAUGGAUUAUGCAUGCAAGACAGUGGCAAAUAUGGCAAAAGGAAAGAAUCCCGCACAAUUGAGAGAACUUUUUGGUAUUCUAACAGACGAAGAGGAAGCUGAACUUGCACUUAAUGAACCUGGACCCUCAACCGCAUAA